GUUGCUACUACCUCGCUGGGCGCGCGGACGUUUUCCUUAUCAGUGAGUGGUCCUCGGAUUCCAUCGCCGUCAGCGGGUCACGUGACAACACUUUUACUAUCUCCGCGGUAGUCUCGCAUUCGUAAUGCUCCUAUGGCACCGGUGGUAGUGUGUGACACUCCGUGCUGCUGCUGCUUCGGUUGUUUCCAGUGUAGAUCGAGCCGUGGGCAUGACAACAACAUGAGGGUCUUCCGAAGAUUGGCGUGGAUGAACGAGGGGAGGAGGAGUCAAGUAGUGCUCCUGGAUGAACGCCGACUCGACAUACUAAUUCAGCCAAAGUUGUAUGCCUGUGACCUGCUGGACAUUGUUGCAUCUCAUUUUUGCCUCAGGGAGAAAGAGUAUUUUGGGUUGGCCUACUUAGAUGAAACGGGCCACUAUCAUUGGUUACAGUUGGACAAAAGAGUCCUGGAACAUGAUCUCCCCAGGAAGACCACUCAGGGUUUGCUGGUCCUUCAUUUCCUCGUCAAGUACUACGUCGAGAGCAUAUCACUAUUGAAAGACAGUGCAACUGUUGAAGCAUUUUAUCUACAGUGCAAGUCUCUUGUUGGCAAAGGCACCAUCGAAGCAGACUCAAGUACUGUGUUUCAUCUUGCCGCUCUAGUCCUCCAAGCAACAUAUGGAAACUAUGAAGAUGACCAAACUACAAAGAAUCAUCUAAAAAAACUCCCGGUGUUGCCUACAAGUGUGCUCAAAGAACAUCCUUCUAUAGCCUACUGCGAAAAUAAAGUCAUAGAAAAGUACAAGGAAGUGGCUGGAAACUCUCGAGGGUCAGCCAUUGUUUCAUACAUGAACAUUGUCGAAACUCUACCAACAUACGGCAUUCAUUUUUAUGAAGUAAAGGACAAAGGCGGAAUUCCUUGGUGGAUUGGUCUAAGCUACAAAGGAAUAAGCCAGUAUGAUUAUAAUGACCGGAAAGUGCCAAGGAAGUUCUUCCAGUGGAAGCUCCUUGAAAACCUUUACUUUCGGGAUAAGAAAUUUUCUAUAGAAGUCCAUAAUCCGCGCAGGGUGGUUCAUACGCUGAGCAGUUUCAAUGUGUACGAGGACGUGAUAGAGGAGCCCCCGGAAGUAUGUGAUCCCCUGGCCGAUGCCAUUAGUGAUGCCACUACCCAGGUGUCUGUAAGCAGAAGAACGUUUGGUCCCGGAAAUGUCACAGUCCUUGUGUGGUUUGCUGCCACUCCAUGUCUCACAAAAUGCAUCUGGUCAAUGGCAAUAGCGCAGCAUCAAUUCCACAUAGACAACAAGGCAGAUAGGAAAAGGAUCGAGGACUCCUCUAAUCUGGAGAAGAUAGCAGCUGAGCUAUCAAAAAGCUCUCAGUCCCUGUCAUCCUCGAGUACGGGUUCCAACUUAAGUCGCAGCGCAAGCUCGCAUAGUCUACCAACAAUCAAAAUUGAAGGUAAUCAAAAUGAAGAGACGGAAGCAGCGAGAGAAGAAAUGAUGUUAGUCCUGAAGGCGCGAAAGGAAGCCCUUGAAGAAGCCCUGGCCAAGAAAGUGGAAGAGCUCAGGGCACUUUGUCUCAAGGAGGGCGAGCUCAUAGGGGAAGUGCCUCCAGAGAUCCCCCUCAAUCCCGGGGAGAAUAUGCCUCAAGUACGCCGCAGGGUGGGCACCAGCUUUCUUCUUAAUGACCAGCUCAUUUCCAAGGCAAAGACACAGGAGGAGGUGCUAUCCAAGUUAGAGCUAGAAUAUGAACUUCAGAACAAGAUUGCUAGUGCAGCCUUACGACUUGCCAGCGACAUGAGCGCAGAUAGAAGCCUUCGCCGGCAGCGUAAAGUCACGUACCAGAACGCUUACGAAAAAUUGAGGCAAAUGAAAGAAAAGCUAGGUACAGUGAAGAAGCAAGUCGAAGAGAGCAAAAAGAGCAGUAUUGAAGAACAAGUCAUUGAUGAACAAUGCGAUGACAACGUCAGCCGAAGCACCGUAGGAAGUGAUAUCGUUUUUCAUGACAGUAACACUGCUUCAGAUGUGAGCCCAGCAAUUUCUCCAAAGCCUCAGAAUGAUAUUGCCCCUACAAGUUUUCCUACACCAACAAUCUCUGUAUCAGCUCCACCAAGUCCGUGCAAACACAGGACAACAAACGGCCCGUCAGUAGCAGCAGCAUCAAACUAUGGGCCAGGUUAUGCACCCAGCACGGUGUACCAGACAGCAACAACGUACAGACGUCAGCAAUACCCAACACUGCCCGUCAGUACUUCGGGGUUUGAGUCCACCAACAACACUUCACUCCUGAGGUCGCCCUACAAAAACAGGUUUGAGUCGGGCCUCAGCAUCGAAGGCAGCAACUUGUACAGUGUCCAGACCCAAAGAACGAGCCAAGCGUUUGACAGCCAGGACGACAUUCUUGCUGCCCCACCUCCUGAGCCUCAAGAUCUGGGCCUCAUCUGCAGGCAUAACAGUCUCGAGAGCAACCGUAGACACUACAGGCGACAUAGAGCUUCUCCUGCUACAGUCACACACACGAGAAACAGCGAACCAGCAUCUACGAGCCCCUCUUGGUCCCAGCCCCCUUCUCCCAUGUCCACAGCUGCACCCAUCAAUGUGUCUCAUGCAGAGAUCUCGCGCAGUGCGAGCCUGGAAGCGUCGCACGCGGGUCUGCCAAACGUUGAAAAACCACGCGGUCUGGAAUCUGCAUCCAGAACAAACAGGUUGGGUGUGGACAUCGAUUUUGUGCAACCACCACCGCCUCAUUUCCAUCAGCAAUACUGCACGGCAUCGCCUGGGUUGGUGCGACGCGCUGUUCCGCCGUCUACUUCUUACCCCGAAGGCUUGCUGAUGUGCAGUCAAGAACCCCCACAACAGCACAUCCACAUUGCGAGAAAAGCUUCGCUCAGCAAAGCCCACAGCGAUGGGCAUGUUGCGCUUCGUGCAGGUGAUCAUCCUGUGUCGUUCUUUGUUGGAUCCUCGGAAAUGCAUCCCAAGUUUGGCUCACACGAGGGCCUUCCCCACAGAGUGAGCUCUCAUGGGUCGUUUCGCCACGAAAGAAGGAAGCCCAACAGCGUUGGAAGCGACACCUCAAUCAACACCCAAGAUAGCAUGAACGACGUGUCACUCCCAAAAAUGACGGACGUUCCACCGUUGGUGAUCAGUCCAGUAGGUCAUGGCGGAUCGUCCUAUGGAAAUCAGUUGCUCAACAUGUGCCUGUCCUCUUCGAGACUGCUCCCACCCCAGUGCAGUGAUACGUCAUCGACGAAGUCGCGGGCCAAAGAUUGGGUGGAAACUUCACUCGAUUCGCCGCUUCCCGCUCGUAAGACUCCAACAGUGCCAGAGAGCUCUCCAGGGUACUGUUCCCCUGUUGCUGAAAACAUGCCCGCUGUGAUUGAGAGGGUGCACUCUCCUCCGCAGUGCUUCAGUGAGAAGCUGGCGUCCAGACCGUCGAGUCAGCAGAGUGUUGUGAUGAUGGACGCACCGUGUUCUCCGCCUCCUUUAGUUGCUCUUCAGCGGCCGGUCACGAGCGCAGUUGAGGUGAACGUGGUGACAAUCGGCCACUUCCAACCGUACUGGGAAGAGACAAAGCCGUACGAGAUGUCGGACUUCUACAAGUAUAGUACCAAGCACCGUAAGCCAUCUGGUAGCGAUGGCCACGACGCUGUGGACAGUGCACGGAAAGAAAGUACAAUUGCUGACGGUUCAUCCGGUUCGAAGAAUGUGAGGGAGCGCCACGUGGAACUUUCUCGAACUGCAUCAGCAAAUGCUGCGCAGUCUCUGAUGUCUUCACCAGAAACUCAGCAGCCACCAAGUCUUGAUGGCAACAUGGGGCCGGACAGGUCCUCUGUUUCCGAUGCAUUCCAAGAAGAGACAAUCGCCUGGUAUGAAGACCAAGACUCUGCCACAUUAGUGUGAGCUUUACUGGCAGCAUUUUUUCUCAUGUGCAGUGUGAUAGAAUAUAUAGUCAUCUAUUUUUGUACAAGUCUUUGACCCUCUGGUAUUUGUCACAUUUUUAGAAGCAUCUUUGUACAUACCUUUUUAGGGAAAAUAUAUUUAUUAAAAAUUUUAUGACCUUUA